UCUCCCUCCCCCCACCCUGGUCACAUGGCUGGUCGUCACUGAGCCCCACAAGUCAAUCUUCAAUGCCCCAAAUACUGUUCAGUCUGGAAAUCACAAGGCGUCCUUCCUGCCACCUAAUAGCAACAGAACAAGUGACUGGCUUUCCUGAGAUUUUGAUCCUGGUUUCCUGUGCUAAGAGUGUGAAGUUAUGAAAGUGGAGGAGAAAAAGACUGGUGCUGGAGAGCUGGACACUGCUAAAUACAGAAGGCGAUGUCAGGACCAAGGAGACUGCCGUUCCAUCCACAUUGGGCUCUCAGUCCCGAGUUAUUCUCAAAGAAAAAGAGACCCGAAGGGAUGUCUUUCUGGCUUCCACAAGGUCCACUGGGGCCUGCGUUCUGAUAAGUCGCAGCCGGAGUUGAUGGCCUCAGGAAGCAGGGACAGCAUCGGGGACAGUGCUAUGGAUCAUUUCAGCAGGACCCGGUCUCCAGCUGCUGAGCAGCUCCAGGACAUCCUGGGGGAAGAAGAUGAGGCUCCCAACCCCACCCUCUUCACAGAGAUGGACACUCUGCAGCACGACGGAGAUCAGAUGGAGUGGAAGGAGUCAGCCAGGUGGAUAAAGUUUGAAGAAAAGGUUGAGGAAGGAGGGGAGCGCUGGAGCAAGCCCCAUGUGUCCACACUGUCCCUGCACAGCCUUUUCGAGCUCCGGACCUGCCUGCAGACGGGCACAGUGUUGCUGGAUUUGGACAGCGGAUCCUUACCACAGAUUAUAGACGAUGUCAUUGAGAAACAAAUUGAGGAUGGGCUCCUGAGGCCAGAGCUCCGGGAGAGGGUCAGCUACGUCCUCCUGAGAAAACACCGUCAUCAAACCAAGAAGCCCAUCCACCGCUCCUUGGCUGAUAUUGGGAAGUCAGUCUCCUCCACCUCCAAUCGAGGCCCUGCCCGGAGUCCUGCUGCCGGCUCCAGUCUACACCACUCCACUGAGGACCUGAGGAUGCGGCAGAGUGCCAACUACGGGCGGUUACGUCAUGCCCAGAGCAGAAGCAUGAAUGACAUUUCUCACACCCCAAACACAGACCAGCGGAAAAACAAAUUCAUGAAGAAGAUCCCCAAGGAUUCAGAAGCCUCCAAUGUGCUCGUGGGAGAGGUGGAUUUUCUGGACCAACCAUUCAUUGCCUUUGUGCGUCUCAUCCAGUCAGCCAUGCUGGGAGGAGUGACAGAGGUGCCUGUCCCCACCAGAUUUCUGUUCAUACUGCUGGGGCCUUCUGGGAGAGCAAAAUCCUACAAUGAAAUUGGUCGUGCCAUCGCAACCCUCAUGGUAGAUGAUCUCUUCAGUGACGUGGCUUAUAAAGCCCGGAAUCGGGAAGAUCUCAUUGCGGGAAUCGAUGAGUUUCUAGAUGAGGUCAUUGUGCUUCCUCCUGGAGAAUGGGACCCCAAUAUCCGAAUUGAACCCCCCAAGAAGGUGCCCUCUGCUGACAAGAGGAAGUCCGUGUUCUCCCUGGCUGAGUUAGGCCAGAUGAAUGGCUCUGUGGGAGGUGGUGCUGGAGCAGCUGCAGGCAGCGGAGCUGGAGGUGGAGGCAGUGGAGGUGGCCCAACUGGAGGAGGAAGCAGCGGUGAUGACAGAGAGAUGCCUGCAGUGCAUGAAAUCGGGGAAGAACUUAUCUGGACAGGAAGGUUCUUCGGUGGCCUGUGUUUGGAUGUCAAAAGGAAGCUGCCCUGGUUCCCAAGUGACUUCUAUGAUGGCUUCCACAUUCAGUCCAUCUCUGCCAUCCUAUUCAUCUACCUCGGCUGUAUCACCAAUGCAAUCACCUUUGGUGGGCUUCUGGGGGAUGCCACUGACAAUUACCAGGGAGUGAUGGAGAGCUUCCUGGGCACUGCCAUGGCUGGAUCCUUAUUCUGCCUCUUCUCGGGACAGCCUCUCAUCAUCCUCAGCAGCACGGGACCCAUCCUCAUCUUUGAGAAACUCCUUUUUGACUUCAGCAAAGGCAAUGGUCUGGACUACAUGGAGUUCCGCCUCUGGAUUGGCCUACACUCAGCAAUCCAGUGCCUUAUCCUGGUGGCCACAGAUGCCAGCUUUAUCAUCAAGUAUGUCACCCGUUUCACCGAGGAGGGCUUCUCAACACUCAUCAGCUUCAUCUUCAUCUAUGAUGCUAUCAAGAAGAUGAUUGGUGCCUUCAAGUACUACCCCAUUAAUAUGGACUUUAAGCCUGACUCCAUCACCACCUACAAAUGCGAAUGUGUUGCCCCAGACACAGCAAACACAACUGUGUUCAAUGCUUCAGUCCUGUUGGCACCAAACAACACUUCUUUGUACAAUCCUCUUAACUUCACAGCAAUGGACUGGUCUUUGCUGAGCAAGAAGGAGUGUUUGAGCUACGGUGGGCAUCUGCUUGGGAAUUCCUGCCAGUUCAUCCCAGACCUGGCACUUAUGUCCUUCAUCCUUUUCUUUGGGACAUACUCCAUGACCCUGACCCUGAAGAAGUUCAAAUUCAGCCGCUAUUUCCCUACCAAGGUCCGGGCCCUGGUAGCUGAUUUUUCCAUUGUCUUCUCUAUCUUGAUGUUCUGUGGGAUCGAUGCCUGUUUUGGCCUUCAAACCCCCAAGCUGCACGUGCCCAGUGUCAUCAAGCCCACGCGACCUGACCGAAGCUGGUUUGUGGCCCCCUUUGGGAAGAACCCCUGGUGGGUAUACCUGGCCAGCAUCCUGCCUGCCUUGCUGGUGACUAUCCUGAUCUUCAUGGACCAGCAGAUCACGGCCGUCAUAGUCAACCGGAAGGAGAACAAGCUGAGGAAAGCUGCUGGCUACCAUCUGGACCUGUUCUGGGUAGGCAUCCUCAUGGGCCUGUGCUCCUUCAUGGGGCUCCCCUGGUAUGUGGCUGCCACGGUCAUCUCCAUCGCCCACAUCGACAGCCUCAAGAUGGAGACAGAGACCAGUGCCCCUGGGGAGCAGCCCCAGUUCUUGGGGGUCAGAGAACAGAGAGUGACUGGUACCAUUGUCUUCAUCCUGACGGGCAUCUCUGUCUUCCUGGCUCCCAUCCUGAAGUAUAUCCCCCUGCCAGUGCUGUAUGGAGUCUUUCUGUAUAUGGGUGUGGCCUCCCUGAAUGGCAUCCAGUUCUGGGAACGCUGCAAGCUCUUCCUGAUGCCUGCGAAGCACCAGCCCGACCACGCCUUUCUGCGGCACGUGCCCCUGCGCCGGAUCCACCUCUUCACCCUGGUGCAGAUACUCUGUCUGGCAGUGCUCUGGAUCCUCAAGUCCACAAUGGCCGCCAUCAUCUUCCCGGUCAUGAUCCUGGGCCUCAUCAUUGUUCGCAGGCUACUGGACCUUGUCUUCUCACAGCAUGAUCUGGCGUGGAUUGACAACAUCCUCCCAGAGAAGGAGAAAAAGGAGAUAGACAAGAAGAAAAAGAGGAGAAAAGGGGCCCAUGAGGACAGCAAUGAGGAGCCCCAGUUCCCUCCUCCCUCAGUUAUAAAGAUUCCCAUGGAAAGUAUCCAAUCAGAUCCCCAAAAUGGUAUCCACUGCAUUGCCAGAAAAAGAUCUUCCAGUUGGAGUUACUCACUCUGAUUCUUCCUUCAGUGACUCAGAACUCAAUCGCAGCAUCACCUUGCACUUCAAAUUUUCUUGUCCGCCUUCACCUGCUUUCAACUACGUGCAAAGCCCGAUGUUCAUGGUGCCACAGGUGAAGAUAGAAAUGGAGUCAGACCGCGACUUCACAGACAUGAACAGAUAUGGACAAGGAGUUGAUGGUGAGACCACCCUCUAGGAGGAUACGCAGUCCAGUGCAGUAUUUAGUUUUCAUUGUGAGCCUGAGACCAAACCUGUAACUUCUGUGAACCUGUUCCCUCACUUAGCAAGCAGAGGGAGUCAUUCCACUUGAUAGGUAACUGGAGAUCUGUUGAUGAAGGCAGAGCAAAACCCUUCUCUUCCUUUUGUAAUUGUAAGAAUAACUAAUGUUAAAUGUUACAUCUUAUUUAAAAAUGCAGUCCAACGUAGAAAUUAAAACUCUUCAUUAGAAACUGGGAAAUGUUAUGUAUGUACAAACUAUUGUAUUUACUGUUAAAUGUAAAACAUUAAUUCCCCAAUAAAGAAAUUUUAAAAAACCAAAAAAAAAAAAAAAUCAAAAAACAAAACAAAACUCUUCAUUAGAAAUGAAAAGAUGCUUGCCUCCCCAAAACUAUAGCUAAGAUGAAAAGCCAAUAGUUGAUGUCUGUUUAAAACAAAUAGCAAGUGUUUUAAAGGCUAGAUUUUAAUGUAUCUAGAUCUUGAAAGAACUAUUACAAUAUUCAUACUUCAAUAGACACAAGUUGGAAGAUUUGUUGAGCAGCUUCACAUAUUAUGAAACGCUGACAAGAUCCAAUCUUUUUUCUUCAUCUCACUGAGUUUUCUAAGAGUUAUAUGAAACUUUUGUAGUAUCUGCACAUACACAGAAACAUACCUGGAGUUUCCCCAGAUUGAAAAGCCAGUUCCCAAAAAUCCAUUAAUGGAAUAGCCAACACAUUUGAGUGAAUAAGUGUCUUUAAAUAAAGGAUUUUCUGUUAAAGUGAAAUUUCAAACCAUAUGUUUAUAUCAACAAAAUGAACUUUUAAAUUUAUUUUUUAAAUGAACUUUUAAAGUAGUUGCAGUGGUGUUUUGAUGCCCAGAGUCAAUUACGUAUUUGAAUAGAUCUUUCUUGUAAGUUUUAAGGGACUUGAUUCUCAUAGUUGAGAAUCCCCCAGUUCACAUGAACACCACACGGUAGGCAUAAUGAAUGUCCAAAUUUGCAAGAUUACAACUUGGCCAUGUUAGAAAUCAGUCCUUUAAAGGAAUGACUGGAGCAAGUUGGAUAAAUCAAAAUCCAUUAAUAAAGUAAAUCCUUUCCUCACCAAAUCCAAGACCCAUCUUAUCUCCCAUCCACUUUAAAAAUGCCAAUUGUGUUCAUUAAAUGUCUACCAUGUGCCUGACAACCACCAUGCAUCUGAUCUUUACCUUCUUCAAAACAGCUGUGGAUAUGAAUCUUCAGUAAGUCACUUUUGUUUGAGUUGCUGCAUUUACUCAAGGUGACAUAAGCAGGUGCUUUUACAUUAUUGUUUCCUAUUUUUUAAUGACAAAUGACUCUAGAUCGUUAGCACUUGGUACUGGGACAGUUAAUUGCCCCUAGAAUCCUCAGAGCCAGUACAGUGCCUGGUCUAUAGAAAGUUCUCAAUAGGAGUUUAUUAAGUUAAAUCUCAAAGCUCCUUUCCAAGGAUAUACUGCUAUGAGACCAAGCUCUACACCUCUAUCACGGCUAUGGUAGCUACAGAGCUACUUAGAACUCUCACCAAGUUCAAGUGUAAAUUUUUUUUUCUUCAUCUGCAGCAAUCCUGGGAGAGUUAAUAGUCUACUCUUAACAUCUCAGUUUAAAAACCUGAUUGACUUCCAAUAGAACUUUGUCCAAUGUAAAUUUAGAAAUGUUAUGAUUUCAGGAGUAAAUGUGCCUGGUCAACCAAACAAGCUGGAAAACAAUGAUGUUAAUUUUUUUUAUCACUGUAAAAAUCAAUCAUUGUAAUUUUCACCCUCUGUGUCAUUUAUUUUGUGUAUAUAUGGAUGUUUUAAUUUCUGUAUCUUUUUAACAAGUUUGACAUGUUGUGACUUCUCUGCGCAAUAGCUUGGUACUGUUUUCCACUUGUGACUACAAUUAAAUCAAACUUAAUCUUG